UGAAGUGUUCUUUGUCUGCAUUUUGGAAUCGAGCGCAACUUCUGCUUCGACUGUGAAAGCGAGAGAGAAAGAGGAAGAGAGAGAGAAGACGAAUCGAUUACGAGAAAUAAAAUAAAGAACAAGAACUCUUUUUUAAUCUGGCUUUGUUUUGGUUCAUUUCUCUUUUGCUCUCUUCUUUUGUGCCCUAGAUCUUGUGACAGAGCUAAGAUCUCUACGAGAAGUUCUGUCUGUAGAUCUUGGAAUCGACAUUCCUGUUUUGGAGUUGGAGAUCUCCGGGGGUUCAUUUGAGCUGGCGUGAUCAGUUUCAGAUUCCUUUCCAGCUUAGUUGAUUGAAGCUCUGUUGUUGGAGCUGCAGACUGCUAGAUCCAUUUAUACUUAGUCUAAGAUGCUCUUAGACUUCUACAGAAGAAGGAAGAUGGUCUGAAGUUCUGAUGAGAUUACUCUAAAUGAAGGCAUCUCAGGCGUGGCGAUUAGGCAUUGGAGAUUUGCAAAUCAUGCCUGCGCCGCGCCACCGGCCUCAUUUAAAAAGGCCCAUGUGGAUAAUUGUAUUGGUUUCUUUGGUGAGCAUGUUCCUAAUUGGCGCUUAUAUUUAUCCAUCACGAGGUUUUGCAGCCUGUUACAUAUUUUCAUCACGUGGUUGUAAGUCUUUCUCCGAAUGGCUUCCACCUACUCCUGCCAGGGAACUUACUGAUGAUGAGCUGGCCUCUCAUGUUUUCAUUAAGGAUAUUUUAAAGAUGACUCCUCUCCAAUCUAGGAACCCCAAAAUUGCUUUCAUGUUCUUGACUCCUGGUACUUUGCCUUUUGAAAAGCUCUGGGAUAUGUUCUUUCGUGGCCAUGAAGGUAGGUUCUCUAUUUAUGUCCAUGCAUCUAGGGAAAAACCAGUGCAUGUGAGUCGUUAUUUUGUGGAUCGGGACAUUCGCAGUGAGAAGGUGGUCUGGGGCAAAAUCUCUAUGGUUGAUGCUGAGCGGAGACUUUUGGCAAAUGCACUCAGAGAUCCUGAUAACCAACAUUUUGUCUUGCUUUCGGACAGUUGUGUACCAUUGCAUACUUUUGAUUAUGUUUAUAACUAUCUGCUGGAUACAAAUAUCAGUUUUAUAGAUUGUUUUGAGGAUCCUGGUCCACAUGGUUCUGGAAGAUAUUCAGAGCUUAUGCUGCCUGAAGUUGAAAAGAAGGCUUUUAGAAAGGGUGCACAGUGGUUCUCGAUGAAGCGGCAGCAUGCUAUUAUAGUUAUCGCAGAUAAUCUUUACUACACAAAAUUCAAGCUGUAUUGUAAGCCAGGUAUGGAAGGUCGCAAUUGCUAUGCAGAUGAGCAUUACCUGCCAACCUUGUUCCAUAUGGUUGAUCCUGCAGGAAUUGCAAAUUGGUCAGUGACACACGUUGAUUGGUCUGAAGGAAAGUGGCAUCCAAAGUCUUAUAGGGCUAAGGAUGUUUCCUACCAGCUCCUGAAGAAUAUCACAUCUAUCGAUCAGAGUCUGCACGUUACAAGUGAUGAAAGGAAGGAGGUGCAGAUAAGGCCUUGUUUAUGGAAUGGCAUGCAGCGGCCAUGUUAUUUAUUUGCUAGAAAAUUCUACCCAGAAACUGUGGAUAACUUGUUGCAAAUAUUCUCCAAUUACACGAUGAAAUGAGCAACAUCUUGAUGAUUACUAUUCUUUGGUGGGAUCAACAGCUUUCGACCCCAUGGAAUCAGCUUGGGUUCGCCGUAUGUAUUAAAAUGUUGUAAAAUGCCACCUUGUAGAUGGCUCGGAUCCCCUCGACCCUCCACCCCCAUCUGGAUUCUUACCACAGAAGGGCGAUUGGCAGAGCAACUAGGUUAAUUGACUCCAAGGCUUGAGGUGGCUGCCAAGUUGUCUCCUAGUGCUGUUUCCUCUUGGGGUAAUCAAUUUGCUAUUUUUCUGUUGUCUGCCUCUUUUCUUUCCUUUUUUCCCCCUUAAUUUUGAGUAUUUUUCAUUCCUUCUAAACCAGAAAAUUUUGGGUAUUUGUUCAAAUGAACUUUUAAGUUGAUUUUUGUAAAAGCUGAAAAUGUGAUAUAGCAAUUACAACUACUUUUCUCUUUUCCA